AUGGUUAUCUCGACUUUAACUUCUCUCAUUCUCAUUUUCUCCCUUGCAGAAAAAGGGAUUGCCGUAGCGCCUACCGUUCAACUUGAUAAUGGCGUUUUUACGGGUACGCUAUCAGGGUCGACUCAUCGAUUUCUAGGCAUUCCAUUUGCCAAACCUCCAGUCGGCGACCUACGUUAUCGUCUUCCACAGACUAUCCCUCCAUAUGCUGGAACGUAUGAUGCAACUAACUAUGGACCCAACUGUAUUCAGCCAGCGGCCAACAUUCCAAACGUUACGGUCAUAGCAGGAAAUGAUGCGCAAAAUAUUGUCAACGCAUUAUUUGGUGCAUUAUCUCAGCCAGAAUCCGAAGACUGCCUCACAUUGAACGUUAUACGUCCGUCUACUGCAACUCCUUCGUCCAACUUACCUGUUCUCUUGUGGAUUUACGGAGGGGCAUUUCAAUCCGGGUCUACCUCUGUCACCGAUGGGGGAUCCGUUGUGGAGCGAUCCAUUGCACUAGGGACGCCAGUCAUCUACAUUAGUAUUAACUACAGGCUUAACGGCUUUGGCUUCCUGGGUGGAAGCGAAGUGAAGGCUGCUGGCGUUGGCAACCUCGGUUUUCAUGAUCAGCGAGAAGCUAUGCGAUGGGUUCAAACAUACAUUACUCAGUUUGGUGGGGAUCCAACCAAAGUAACUCUGUGGGGACAAUCCGCAGGCGCGAUAUCCAUAUCACUCCAGAUGCUUGUUAAUGGAGGGAAUCCAUCUGGACUAUUCCGCGGAGCGUUCAUACAGUCUGGAGGGCCUAUACCACUGAACGAUGUCGCGGCUAGCCAGGGAUCAUACGAUGCCCUGAUUGCUGCAACGGGAUGCUCAAACGCAAGUGAUACUUUAGCGUGUCUGCGCACAAUACCCCUUGCAACUCUUAAAACCGCAAUUAAUAGCGCAGGCCCUUCGUCCACCGUAGUUAACACGUUUGGACCGGGUAUUGAUGGUACUCUGAUAACAGACAACCCUCAAAUCCUUGUACAGCAAGGGGCGAUAGCAAACAUUCCAUUUGUGACGGGAAACUGUGAUGAUGAAGGGACAAUAUUUGCAUUACCAGUUGCCAGCACCGUGAUCACGGAUGCUAAUUUUAAAGCAUAUGUCAAGAGCUCGUACCCUUUCCUCACGGAUGCUCAGGUUGACCAGAUCGCGACUUUCUACACCUCUGACAUAACUCAAGGCUCUCCUUUUAACACGGGGAUACUGAAUGCUAUAACCCCUGAGUACAAGCGGCUUGCCGCAUUAUCGGGUGAUGCAAUUCUUCAAGCGCCUCGAAGAUGGAUGCUGCAGAACACUGCUUCAACUAAUCACAAUAUAUGGGUUUACCUCAGCAAACGAUUCAAAUUGCUGCCCGUGGUUGGAUCGAUGCAUAGCUCCGAUCUGCUAAACUCCUAUGGUGGUGGGGAAAUGCAGAACCAAGUCAUUCGUUUCGCCAAUACUCUCAAUCCUAACGGACAGGGUCUUCUAGACUUCCAGUGGCCAAGAUAUGAUUUACAAUCCCGACAGAUGCUGACCUAUCUGGAUGGGAUCGUUCCAUUGACCAUUUCACAUGACACCUACAGACAAGACGCCAUGAACUUUUUGACCAGUCUGACUGCAUGA